GCAUGAAGAGAUGGCUGUGGGCGGUGCACAGUCACAAUUAUUCUCCUUUCAUUCACACCGGAGUACCCAGUCUUCAGGCUAUAGCCGUGCUUCGGCUUUAGAUACUCAAGAUCGAAGAGCGAAUGUUGAGGGGAAAAACGAUAUUCCACCGGUAUGAAUCAAAUAUAGCAUCCAUAUACGCCACUGGAGUACAGUUUUAUUUCUGAAAAAAAAACGAUUUUUUACCAUUUUUGCUCAACUCCUGGACUUGAAAAUGAAAAAUAUGGAACUGUCAAUUUCCAGCUUUCUCGCGCUCUGUCAGCUGCUUUUCAUUUUUCAGUUCGCUGAUGUGGCACAUGGGUACUACAGAUAUUACAGAACACAGCGCAGAUUUUCCGAGGAUGUAGACUGGUCUUAUGCAGGAACUUUAAACCAAAAGAACUGGGGCAAGAAAUACCCAUCUUGUAACAAUGCCAAACAAUCCCCCAUUAAUAUUGAUGAGAAUAUUACUCAAGUCAAAGAGCAAUUUCAGAAACUGAAUUUUGAAGGCUGGGAAAGAGGAACAUCAGACAAAACCUUUAUACACAAUGAUGGCAAAACAGUGGCAGUUAAUCUCGAUGGAGAAUAUUAUAUCAGUGGGGGAGGCCUUAGGUCAAGAUAUAAAGCUGGCAGGAUUACUUUUCAUUGGGGAAAAUGCAACGCCUCUUCUGAUGGUUCAGAACAUGGGUUAAAUGGACAGAAAUUUCCCUUAGAGAUGCAAAUUUUCUGCUUUGAAGCACAUGAGUAUGACAACAUCGAUGAGGCAAUAAAAGGUGGUGGAAAAAUAACAGCUCUGUCUGUUUUGUUCGAGGUUGGCCCCAGUGAAAAUGAAAAUUACUACCCUAUUAUAAAUGGUGUCAACAGUGUGAGCCGAUAUGGUAAGAAUGCUGUUCUGGAAUCAUUAAACUUGAUGAGCCUUCUGCCGAAUUCUACAGCCAAGUAUUUCAUAUACAAUGGUUCUUUGACAACGCCUCCAUGUACAGAAAAAGUCCAAUGGAUUGUCUUUAAACACACUGUCAGUAUAUCUGAAGACCAGCUGGAGGUGUUCUGUGAAGUGCUGACAAUGCAGCAGGCAGGGUAUGUCAUGCUGAUGGAUUAUUUGCAAAACAACUUCAGAGAGCAGCAAGACGUAUUCAUAGGACAGGUGUUUUCCUCUUACACUGGGACAGAAGAAGUUCAUACCCCUGUUUGCAGUUCAAAACCAGAAAAUAUCCAGGCGGAUCCAAAGAAUUACACCAGCAUCCUGGUCACAUGGGAGAGGCCCCGGGUUGUGUACGAUGAAGUUAUUGAAAAGUACUCUGUAACAUAUCAGAACCUUGCAGGGAAAGAUCAGACCAAGCAUGAAUAUUUGACGGAUGAAGACCAGGAUACGGGUGCUAUUAUACAUGAUUUGUUAGCCAAUACAAGUUAUGUGAUCCAGGUUGUCGCUGUGUGCACCAAUGGCCUUUAUGGUCAACACAGUAGUCAGUUGAUUGUGGAUAUGCCUUUGGAUGACCCUGAGACUGAACCCUUACCUGAUUUUAAUGAAACUGAAGAAGCAACAGAUGAGUUGGAGGUGAAGUCUAAUAUGAACCCAAGAAAGAAACUUCCAAACUCCAGAGUCUUCAAUAAGAUGAGUAAUAAAAUGGAAACUGCACAGCCUAUCACUGUCCCAUACGAAGAUAUGAAGGAAAUCUCACCUUACAGUGCCAUGACCAAAGAGUUGUCUGUGGAAAGCUAUUACAACCUGAGCACAAAAAUUGCACCUGUUACAAAAGAAGCCCAUUCCUUGGAUAGAGAGACUUCAGAAACAGACAGGUUUGCUGUGCUUUACCCUCACACCAAAUCUGUCACACAGCCAACUCAGCAGAAUGUCACUGAAACAGAGAAAACAUAUCUAGAUUACCAAACCUACACUACUUUUCAGCCCGAGGGAAGAGCUAUUACAGAGGACUAUAUAGAAUUCCAAGCCACAACAGAGAGCCCCAGCAACUUUCAAACAACAAGCAACACAACUAUUUUUAGCCCUAGUGGAAUCACAGAAUCAUCUGAAGGCUCUUCUCUGAAAAAUGUCAGUGGUCCUACUCGACCAAGAAACCCCAUUGUUGUGACAGAUAUUUACUAUGAAGAUGUUGUGAAUGCAACCAGCUAUGAAUUUUCAACAGGACCAACUUCUUCAACUCUUGAGGGUGAGAUCUUUAGCAAUGUCACAGCAUCUCCAGACAAAUUUGAUCACCCCUCUUCUGCUGAGAAUUUCACAGGGAAUACAGUGGCAGUUAAUGUCACCCCUACUGACACCAGUGGUGAGGUGAUAUUUCGGAGUACUCCUUUCCCACAUUUACCUGUCAAUACUACCUCUGCACUGUCCCAUGUAGAGGUCUUGCCACUUUCUACAAGUCCAGAUCUGGGUGCUCAACGUCCAUCUACUGUCAACAUUGACAUUCUGUCUCAAACAACUCAACCUGUGUUUAAUGGUGAGAUACCACUUCCAACUACGUCUGGUUCCCCUGUUAGUGAUGUGCUUUUCCUUCCUGACCCUGCAUUAACUGAUACCCAGAUGUUGCAUCAAGCUUCCUUUGUUGGCUCAGAUACCAAGAGUCCGUUGCAUGUUACUCCUUUGUUACCCAGUGUUGCUGUAUCGCUUCAGUUAACCCUUCCUUCUUCUAAAGAUGUAUUUUAUGAAACCCCUUCUGCCUCUUCUACUCUUGAGUUGCUUGUUGGUAAACAUGCCGUUUCUCAGAGCGAUGUGUUUCAGCAUGCUAUACCCGAGGUGGAUAGGGGUGAUCUGCAUGCUUCAGUGAUGUCUGAUGGUGACCUGUUCCUUCAGCCUACCCUCACUUUCUCCUCCAGUUUGUCACUGUUAAAAUCUACAAAUGCUCUGUCUGAGACCUCUGUGUUUGACACUAAGACUGAGACUGACAGUAAAAGUAAAGUUGAAGUUGUUUCCGCUGAUAAUGUAUUGUCUCAUGCAACAGCUGUGGCCAAGGUUGAUACACAGAUUAUGCCUACCCUUAUUUUAUCUAAUGAUAUUCUACCCCUUCAAACUUUACCUGAUUCAUAUGGCACUGCAAUAUUGUCUAAUUCUGACUGGGAAAAUCAUCACAAGUCUAAACCAUUCAGCACUGUUUCUGAAACAAAGUCAUCCAUGUUUUCCAUUUUUGAUAAAACUCUUGAAUCUUCUAUUCCUUUAUCCAGUGAUGAUACUCUGACCAUGGCUACUCCUGCCUUCACUGAUAGGGAUGUGCUUAUGUCUCAUGCUGGGGGUCAUAGUGAGAUUCAGCCAUUGGGUCAUGCUAGCCAUGAAUCGGUGCAUGUGGAAUCUGCAUUAACAGGUGAUGUGUUUUCUGGGUUCACCGCUGCUAGUAAGGAUGGAACUUUUCUUCAGAUUUCCUCUGCCACUUCUGAUCUUGAACCUGCAACUUCUGGUGCUGCUUUUACAUCUGCUACUAAGACCUGGGUUCAGAUUAAUCCAUCACACUUUAUUAAUAUUGACUCUUCGCAUGAAACUCUGCCUUUAUCACAAGAUAUACUGCUUCUUUAUUCUAGUGAUUCAGCCACAGUGCAAAACCGCUCUUCCUCUUCCAGCACUGAAACACUUGCUGAUGGCUCUGGUAGCUUUUCUGAUAGCUCAGUGGAUGAUGCUUCUCAAGGUCAAGAUAUGUUUGCCCUUCCCCGUAUGCUUUCUGUUUCUACUUUGGGCACCAGCAUGGCACAAUCACAGGAAGACGCAUCUGCUUUUGUUAGUGCUGAAAGAUUCCUGCUAUCUUCUAUUUCUAGUUCUGUCAGCAAAGUAAACCUAAAUCCUACCUCAGAAACAUCCAGUGGUACUGUUUCCUCUAUACACAGUGUAAGCAUUAACAAUAAUAAAGUGCCUCUAUUUGGCACCAUCACAGCUACUUUUAGUUCAUCAUUUCUCUUAGGUACACCAGAAUCCCAAAGGGAGGAAGCAGUGUCUCACUCUCACAAAUGUUUCUCAGGUUGUGAUCAAGCUUUGAGUGCAGGCAGAGAAAUGAUUGAAAGCAGUUACACUGAAUUAGCACAUUCUACAUCUGGUAGUAGCCCACAUCAAACAUCCUCUUUUCAUAGCUCUUGGACACAGCAAAGCAUGUAUCCCUCAAUUCCCCAUGAGGUAGACAUUCACCCUACCCCUGGACUAUCACUCAGUGAGUUGAAAUUACUACCUACACCUGAAAACAAACAUUUCUGGAAUGCGAUCCAUGGAUUGGAUACAAGCCAGGUGUUUUCUAGCAAUAAGCUAUCUCUUGGUUUUCCUAAUUCAAAAUCCCAGUUGUCUCUCCAUUCAGAUAGUGAUUUGUACGUUUCUGUUACAGCUGCCAGAGCCAGCAGUGAAAGCCCUAUAACCCUCAUCAAUUCGGGUUCUUCCUCUGAUAUCCAAGUUCUGUCCCAAACCGCCAUUCCUGAUGCUGAUUCCACACCCCCACUUCCCAGGGAACACCAAAUAGAGAGCAAUACUACCGGUACAGCUCUCUACAUAGAAUCUCAGGAAGAGUUAGAACAGGAUUCGGAUAGAAACCAAAGUGUAACCCCUGAUAAACCCACACUUCUGUAUGCAAAGACAGUGAUGGCUAAAGCACUCAAUACAUCACAAGAAAUGCUGAAUGGAAUGGAUCAUAACACCGUAACCCCAACUCCAGAUGUACCCCGCAGGAGUCAUACUUCUGCCUUCCUCUUUAAAAAUGAUAAUGAGACUGUUAGCUUUACAGAAGAAGCAAAUACAACAGACUCCAGACCCUGGACAUUAGGAAACACAGAUGAAGAAAGCGGUUCUGGUCAAGGGACUUCGGAGAGCUUCAACGACAAUGAGACUUCUUCAGACUUCAGUAUCCCUGACUACUCAGAAAGCGAUUCUGAUGGUACAACGGAUGCAGAAGCAAGCAACAGUAGCCAUGAGUCCCGUAUUGGAUUAGCGGAAAGUGUUGAAGAGAAACGGGCAAUAGUACCUCUGGUGGUGGUAUCUACUCUGACUCUCCUGUGUCUCCUGGUCCUUGUGGGGAUUCUCGUAUAUUGGAGGAAAUGUUUUCAGACUGCUCAUUUCUAUCUGGAAGAUAACACAUCCCCAAGAGUGAUUACCUCACCUCCAACACCAGUCCUUCCAGCCUCAGAUGAUCAUGAGCCCAUUCCAGUGAAGCAGUUUGCAAAACAUGUAGCAGAACUUCAUGACAAUAACAGAUUUUCUGAAGAGUUUGAGAUAUUGAAAGAGUAUUAUGAGGAGGUUCAAACGUGCACUGUUGAUCUAGGCAUUACAUCAGACAGCUCCAACCACCCAGAUAACAAGAACAAAAACAGAUACAUUAACAUUGUUGCCUAUGAUCAUAGUAGAGUCAAACUGUCACCCAACCCAGAUAAAAGUGGAAAGAGUAAUGACUACAUCAAUGCAAACUAUGUUGACGGAUUUAAUAAAGCAAAAGCAUAUAUUGCAGCACAGGGACCUCUUAAAUCAACUGCUGAAGAUUUCUGGAGAAUGAUAUGGGAACAUAAUGUCGGAGUGAUAGUUAUGAUCACAAACCUAGUUGAGAAAGGACGGAGAAAAUGUGACCAGUACUGGCCUUUAGAAAAUAAUGAAGAGUAUGGUUGCUUUCUGGUGUCAUUGAAGAGCACAAAAGUCCUGGCAUAUUACACCAUGAGACAUUUUACUGUGAGAAACAUGAAAAUCAAAAAGGGAUCUCAGAAAGGGAGAUACAAUGAGCGCACAGUUGUUCAGUACCACUACACACAGUGGCCUGACAUGGGGGUUCCUGACUACACUCUGCCUGUGCUGACAUUUGUGCAAAAGUCUUCACAAGCAAGGACAAGUGAUAUGGGGCCUGUAGUGGUGCACUGCAGUGCUGGUGUUGGGAGGACUGGCACUUACAUUGUGCUGGACAGCAUGUUACAACAGAUAAAAGCACAAGGCUCAGUGAACAUCCUAGGGUUCCUGAAACACAUACGAACACAGAGAAACUACUUAGUGCAGACUGAGGAACAAUAUGUCUUCAUUCAUGAUGCACUGGUAGAGGCCAUUCUCAGUAAAGAAACAGAGGUUCCAGUCAGUCACAUUCAUAGCUAUGUGAAUGCCAUCUUAACCCCAGGCCCAUCUGGAAAAACAAGAUUGGAGAAGCAGUUCAAGUUAAUAACCCAGUCCAAUGCCAAGCAAUGUGAUUAUUCUACAGCACUGAAACAAUGUAACAGGGAAAAGAACAGGAGUUCAUCUCUGAUUCCAGUUGAGAGGUCCAGAGUUUGCCUCUCUUCUGUAACAGGUGAUGUAACAGAUUACAUCAAUGCCUCCUAUAUCAUGGGUUAUCACCAGAGCACCGAGUUCAUUGUAACUCAAAACCCACUUCCAAACACUACCAAGGAUUUCUGGAAAAUGAUAUGGGAUCACAAUGCACAGAUUAUUGUCAUGCUUCCAGACAACCAAGGCUUGGUAGAUGAGAAUUGUGUAUACUGGCCAAGCAAAGAAAAAUCAAUCAUAUGUGAAACAUUCACGGUUACUUUGACUGGUGAGGAUCACAUAUGCCUUUCCAAUGAGGAGAAACUUGUUGUACAGGACUUCAUCUUGGAGGCUACACAGGAUGACUAUGUCCUGGAAGUGAGACAGUACAGAUCUCCAAAAUGGCCAAAUCCUGAUAGUUCUAUCAGCAAAACCUUUGAGUUGAUAAACAUUAUCAAAGAGGAAGCAGCUUCUCGAGAUGGUCCCAUGAUUGUGCAUGAUGAGCACGGGGGAGUAACGGCUGGAACAUUCUGUGCUCUGACCGCUCUCGUCCAUCAGCUGGAGAGUGAAAACUCCAUCGAUGUCUAUCAGGUGGCAAAGAUGAUCAACCUAAUGAGGCCAGGGGUCUUCACAGACAUUGAUCACUACCAAUUCCUCUACAAAUCUAUUCUUAGUCUUGUGAGCACAAGGGAAGACGAGAGAACAAUACUUUCUGCAGAUAACAAUGGCACAGUUCUGGUAGAUUCCAACAAUGCUGCAGAGAGCCUGGAAUCCUUGGUGUAGAUUCUUGUUACAAUGCCACAUCUGUUGAAACCAGUACUUUGUGUAAUGACUUUCUUAAGAAUUUUGCCUUUUUUGUUAAACCCUUUACUUUCCAUCUUUAAUUGACAUGACUCUGUUGCUGGACAUAAUACGAUCAAGAAAUGUGUGCCUUUAUGUAAUUCUUCUUGUAAUUUUAAUUGAUUUUAUACUGCUCAAACUAAUUCCAUUGGUUUUUUGUGUUGAAAAAAAUGCUUGUAGUCUUGCUCUGCCUAAAUGCCCUUCUUUUAAUUCUAGCAUAUUCUAUAACCUCAUAUUUAUUGGCAGCAACUUUGCUUCAAAGGGAUAAAAGAAAAUGUCUUUUUUUAAUGACAUAUUAGUAUAUAUUUUUUGUAGAAACCACAAAUUUUCAGCAGAAUUUUGUUUUCCAUAUACAGGUAGAUGUAAAUAAAAUUACGUACUUAGCAAAGUUACGUCGAGUAUGAAUUAAGUAGGAAAAUUGAAUAAUAAUCUAAUAUGUAAUGUAAAUAGCAUUAUAGUGACCAAACCUAUGGACCAAAUUUCUAUUUAUACUUCUAGAAUUUUUUAUAUUUUACUACAGAGUUGGUUUUCUAGUCAUUUUAAAAUGUGUGACUGCAUUUGUUCUAAUAAUUUAGUGAAAUAAUUGGUAAAGGUAAUGGUUUAAUAUUUCUGAUAUUCCAGUGUUCUGUAUUUUGCUAUAUUAACUUUAAAUUUAAGCAUGGAAUAUUAACAAUUUUAAUUGUACUAGAGAGAUAUUAGUUCUAGAAUUAGCAUAGGGACAAACAAGGCAUCUGUUCAAGUUCUGAUGAAUUUUUUUCAAUCUAUUGUUUGACAUCAUGGUAAACCGACAAUAAAUACGGAUAUUUAAAGUCAU